CUCUUUGGGUUUUCCGUUUAUCAACCGCAUCUGUAAGCUGCCUCAAAUCAAAAGUCUUCGAAUCGCCCCAUACGUUAGUCAAAAGAAACACUUCAAUCCAGAAUGUUGGUUUUCAUUUUGUUGCUAUCAUUAACUGUAGUUGAGUUCGGCGAAUCCGCUGGACCAUCGAAUAAGUUUGAAGUGACUAGAGGCUGUCUACAGUACAACACAAAGGAUGGUUACAAUCAUGCGCAUCCGUACUUUGCUACCAGUCGAUUCCGGCACCUGAACACAACCCAGCAGAACGUCUCGAUCAUGCGAAUGGGCGUGCUCGGAUUUAACGAUGGUCACAUUCGGCUGGCUCCGGUCAUGUACCCAUACGGGGGGACCAGCAUGAAUGAAAUCGUUCUUUCUGGUUGGGGAAACACCAAGAUUGCGGUGCGGCGAUAUGUUCGAAAUAAACCGAACAAUACGACGGACCAGGUGCUGCUCAAGGAACAGUCCAGUGACGGAAUGUUGUCCUACUUUGAGCCGUUCAUGUUCACAUUGGCCAUUCAUCCGGAUGGGUUAGUGCAACUGACCCGGGAUGAGGAUGCCUAUCCCUUUUUGGAGUUUAAAGAUCCAAAGCUGUCUUCGAAGUACAUUGGAUUCUGCAACUGGGACGUGCCGCUAGUGUUCUUCUACGAUUGUCCGCUCGAGGUGGACCACAGAGUAUGUGAAGGAAUUGUUUUUAGCAAAUGAAUUCAAAAUAUAUGCGGUUUUCUGUUUCUGAGCUUUUUAAUAUAAACAAUGUUUCACGUGUGUUUCAGAGUACGUUUACCAAAUUUUGGAGAGCCUUAGAGUACCUUUUCGGCGUAUAACAUACUUCAAAAUUGAUAGUAAAAAUCAAACAGAGGGUAAGACUGAUUUUCCCAAUAA